AUGCAAGCCUCGCUUGGCCUUCUCGUCCUAGGUCGGUGGCAAUCUGUGAGGCGAGGUUGUGUUGUUUCCGUUCCAUGGGUCCUGGGCCCGGGAGCCCAUGAAGAGCGAGGCUUCAGAGCCGCCUAUGACCCUCCUCCCGAGCACAACCCUGUUUACUGCGAAACUUUCUCGCUUGAAGAUCGCCAGGAUUUGCCGAGCACUGACAUUCUACAGUAUGUCAACUCUCGACUGAAUAACGAGCAGAUGGGAGAAGAAGGCGAUCCCGACCACUGCAGUUCUUGCCAUUUGAGGUCGAAGUUCGCCAGCACGGCAAAGAUGGAGCUCGCAAUCGCACCACCGUCAAGGGUUGGGGUUGGAGUUGUACUCCGACAACCGCUGGUUGUGACAUUCAGCACCGGCGAUGGAAAGAAAAGAGCCAACGGCGGGACAUCAUCAACAGUCUUCCGCGACAUGAGCGGGGUCUGGGCGUUUGUGUCGCUCACAUCGGCCGACAUGCAACAAACUCUGGAUCCGCCUCAGAGCGACCUUCUGCGUGGCAAAAGGGCGGAUUCGAUCCACUUAGUCCACCAAGAACAAGAGGGCAGUGACCACGUCACUUUUGCCUACGCGAAAUUUCGAGAACUGGCCAUCACCAAGCCAGGAUCAUACCGAAUCCGAGUGAACAUCAUCGCUAUGAACGAGUCAUUGGAAAGGGAUCCAGCUGGGUUGGACGUGGGAACGGUGCUGCCUUCUCUGUAUUCGGACAUCAUCGAUGUGGUGGAAGUAGACGAGCCGGUUAUCGAUGACGCCGCGACAAUAGCGGCCCGCAACCGAUUACGUGCUAUCGGCGUCGAUUGCUAA